AUGUCCAGCACUCCCGAUAGCCAGGCAGCUCCCGUCAAGAAGCGAAAGCGCACUUCGCAGGCGUGCCGCCCUUGCCGCGCCAAGAAGACCAAGUGUGACGGCGUCCAUCCGCAAUGCACGCCAUGCAUUGAGUACGGCUUCCAGUGCAGCUAUAAUCUUGACUCGAACGCCCCGCCAGCCGUCGCCGCCGGCCAGGUCCUCGUCAGUCAGGAUUAUUUGAAGGCGCUCGAAGAUAGGAUCAUGAAUCUGGAGCGCGAUCGAUCAGCCCCUCCAGCACCGCGGGCGCACGCCCCAACGCCGCGCAGCACGCAGAUGACUGUUCCUUCCCCGCUGGGUGCGUACGAUCCACCAUCUGGCUCGUCGAGUAACCCUCAUGCGGCGUCGAAUGGGACGGUGCGGGCAGGACAUGGCAGCGGUCCCGUAGAUCAAAUCCAAAGCUUCGACUCUCCGCCGCCAUCGAAUGCCAUCGACGGUAUGGGAUUGCUUCUUGCGCCGCAGCGGGAGACCCCACGCGCCGAGCCGUCGGGGUUGGGCUUUGGUCUCGCCGAGAGCGAGGUAUACGGUGCCAUGUCGGGCAUCUCCUUCCACCACAUGCUCCUCGAGCGAUUGCUGCCGGGCUACUGGUGCCUUGCACCACGCGCAAACGCCGCUCCCCGCCCAGAUGUUGGAUUCCUCGGCGUUGCACCGACGCCAGAGGUGUUCUACGCCGACCGCACAAACCUCCCAACCCGAGCCCAGGCGCAGCGAAUGUUCGAUUGGUUCGAGGCGUACACCUGGCGCGUGUACCCGUUCAUCGACAUGAAGGCGUUGCGCAACUCGUAUGAUCUUCUGCUGGCAGCCGACGACGCAGCGCUCCGUGCACCCGAAAACCAACCCAUCAUUUGCCUGCACUUCGUUGUUUUCGCCAUCGUUGACAGCAUCUCGGACGACGAGUACACGCCAUGCAAUGUCGGCUAUGUCGCUCUGCGUAUGCUCAGGAAACACCAGGAUUGGCCGCACAGCACAACCAAGGUCCAGGCGCUGCUUUCGGGCGCGAUGCUGAUGCAGGGCAUCGACCACCCUGGUUUCUCCUGGGACCUACUCGGCUACGCUAUCCGCGCGGGCUACGCCGUUGGGCUACACGACGCGGAGACGGGACGGCGGUUCCCGCCCAUGGAGCGGGAGAUGCGCAACCGCGCUUGGUGGGCGUGCUAUACAUUCGACCGUCUCGUCACCGUCAGUAUCGCUCGACCCUCAGCGAUCACGAACGACGGCUGCACGAUUCCUCUCCCGGAGAUCAUGGAAGGCGAGCCGGCAGCCUCCAUCGAGUUCUUCCGCGACAGCAUCCGACUGCACCAGGCGCUGGCCGAUGUUGUGCGCAAUCCGCCUGUCAGCUUUCGGCACGCAUCGCCUGCGUUCGUCCGCAACGUUGUUUCGCAGACGCACUCGCUGGAGCAGGCGUAUGCCGAGUGGUGCGAUACCGCCCAUCUCAGCGACGCAGGCCACGAAGACCCCCGUCUCGCAACUGUGCUCACUUUGCGUGGCCUGACGAUGCGGCUGCUCCUGCACCGCCGCGUCAUGCUCGCUGCUAUCCACGACUACAUCCCCGGCGGAGCGCGGCACGGGCAAGUCGCGGCCGAGACGUCGCUUCAGCACCUUGAAGCGCGGCACCGGGACCUCGCAUUCGGCAUCAGUCUCGGCAUCAUCGUUGAGACUGCGAUCCACACAAUCAACAUUCUCGACCACGGACAUGCCGACGCCUCCCUGUCUGCGCCAUGGUAUCAGCUCUUCUACGCCAUGAACGCUUUCACGUCGCUCUUGGCGACGCUGCUCCUAGACCUGAGCCAGUGGAGCUGGUUCAUCCGCGUUCCCGGCCUGCCGAUAGUGCAAGCGCUGCACAGCAGCAUGCGCGUCGUGCGCAAGAUCUCGGACCGAUUCCAGCGCCCGUCAGCAAAGCAGGCAGUGGUCAUGAUUGAGAACGUCCUGACGACACUAGGAAUUGCGGACCCAUCCCAGCAACAGGAACAGGCACCAUCGCUGCAGGACCUGCCUCAGCUCGACAUUGACGAGCUCUGGCAGAGCCUCGAGCUACAGAUUCCGGAGAUGUACUAA